AUGGACAAGGUCUACCAGAAGUAUUUCCGUCCAAGAGACAAGGACAAAGUCAAGGAGGUUUUCAACAAUAUCCUCGGCGAAUCCACUCCUCCCACCGGAAGCGAUCUCUUAAGUUCCAUUGAGGUUGUCAAAGACUACAAGGACCCCGAGACAGGGAAAUACCACUGUAUUAAACGAAAGCGUCAGGCGUUGUUUUACGACAACCCAAACAAGCCUGAAUUGAUUAUCUGUCCCGUUGCAUUUACCUCCACCGGUGGGAUUGAUAAAGCAUAUGACAAUGUUGCUGCGGUUACUUGUGAUACCGUUGGCGACAUUUUGACAAAGAAGAUGGACACAAUGGGGUCGACCAUUUUGCAUGAAUACACGCAUUUCACGAAAUUGGUUGUUCCGCCCCUGGCGAGCGCAACCGAGGACCAUGAAAACAAGCUUCACCAGUUACACGUCAUAGCGAAGACUGGCUUGGCUGUCGAAAACGCUGAGAGCUACACCCAGUUUGCGAAUGAGGCGUUCUGGACCAUCAAGUGUGCGAGGUGGUUUGAUGCUGCUGAUCCGUAUGCAGAAUCCUCGAGCGAGGAAGACUGCUCCUAA